AUGAGUCGAGUGGAGACGGACAAGGCUCGGUGCAUGGCUAUCAACCUGCUUGGGAACGGUUUAGCCGAUGCAGACCACCACGAGGACGCGUUGUCCGUGGGAGAGGCAGAGUUGUCAACGCUGCGACGGCUUGGUGCAUCAGAAAGAAACAUACUCGCCAUGCAGAGCAAUCUUGCUAACAUUUAUGAUAUCCUCGGAAGGCAUAAACAGGCCUUAUGGAUGGAGCGAGAAGUAUACUCCGGGUUUUUGAAGCUCAACGGUGAAGAAAAUGAAAUGACCCUCGUUGCGGCCAACAACUAUGCGAAUAUGCUUGUCAGUCAACAGCACCAUCAAGAAGCCAAGUCACUGCUGCGCAAGACGAUGCCCGUGGCGCAACGCGUCCUUAGAGAGGGUCGUGACACCACGCUUAGGAUGAAAACGAAUUACGCGAUGGCGCUCUACAGAGACGCAGCCGCCACGCUCAAAGAUCUCCGCGAGGCCGUGACGACGCUAGAGGACGCGGAUCGGAUCGCGAGGCGCGUGCUCGGUGGAGCGCACCCGCUCACCGAAUGGAUUGAGCCCCGAUUACAAGACGCGCGAGCCGCGCUCCGCGCCCGCGAAACGCCGCCGGAGGGUGCGUAA